CAUGAAGUUGAUGCCUUUGAACCAUUUCCAAUAGAUGAGACAAAGCACGUGCUGUGGUAUUUAUGAGCCGCCAUUUCUUCUAUUAUUGUGAACCUACUCUGGAUGUGAAGAUUGCCUUUUGUCAGGGAUUUGGGAAACAAGUGGAUGUUUCAUAUAUUGCCAAACAUUACAACAUGAGCAAAAGCAAAGUUGACAACCAGUUCUACAGUGUGGAAGUAGGUGACUCAACCUUCACAGUUCUCAAACGCUACCAGAACUUGAAACCUAUUGGCUCUGGGGCUCAGGGAAUAGUUUGUGCUGCAUAUGACGCCAUCCUUGACAGAAAUGUGGCCAUUAAGAAGCUCAGCAGACCAUUUCAGAACCAAACUCAUGCCAAACGAGCUUACAGGGAGCUGGUCCUCAUGAAGUGUGUGAAUCACAAAAAUAUUAUCAGUUUAUUAAAUGUCUUCACACCACAGAAGUCUCUGGAGGAGUUCCAGGAUGUUUACUUGGUAAUGGAGUUAAUGGAUGCCAAUCUGUGCCAGGUCAUUCAGAUGGAGCUAGACCAUGAGCGAAUGUCUUAUCUACUGUACCAAAUGCUCUGUGGUAUUAAGCAUCUUCACUCUGCAGGAAUUAUUCACAGGGAUUUAAAACCAAGUAAUAUUGUGGUAAAGUCUGACUGCACGUUGAAGAUUUUGGAUUUUGGAUUGGCCAGGACUGCAGGCACCAGCUUCAUGAUGACUCCAUAUGUAGUGACACGUUACUACAGAGCACCAGAGGUCAUCUUGGGAAUGGGCUACAAGGAGAAUGUGGAUAUAUGGUCUGUGGGAUGCAUUAUGGGAGAAAUGGUUCGCCACAAAAUCCUCUUUCCAGGAAGGGACUAUAUUGAUCAGUGGAAUAAAGUUAUUGAGCAGCUGGGAACACCCUGUCCAGAAUUCAUGAAGAAACUGCAGCCGACAGUACGGAACUAUGUUGAGAACAGACCCAAGUAUGCUGGCCUCACUUUCCCCAAACUUUUUCCAGACUCUCUCUUCCCAGCUGACUCGGAACACAACAAACUCAAAGCCAGCCAAGCCAGGGACCUUUUAUCAAAGAUGCUAGUCAUUGAUCCUGCCAAGAGAAUAUCAGUAGAUGAAGCAUUACAGCAUCCAUACAUUAAUGUCUGGUAUGACCCAGCAGAAGUGGAGGCGUCACCACUGGAUGAUGUGAUAUUUGAACGACAUGUAAAAACUAAAAGAAAUGAACAACCUCCUCCUCAGAUAUAUGAUAAACAGCUGGAUGAAAGGGAACACACAAUUGAGGAAUGGAAAGAACUCAUCUACAAAGAAGUAAUGAAUUCUGAAGAAAAAACUAAAAAUGGUGUAGUAAAAGGACAGCCUUCUCCUUCAGGUGCAGCAGUGACCAGCAGUGAAAGCCUCCCUCCAUCCUCAUCUGUCAAUGACAUCUCAUCCAUGUCAACGGAUCAAACACUGGCAUCUGACACAGACAGCAGCCUGGAAGCUUCUGCGGGCCCCCUGGGGUGUUGCAGGUGACUAGCCGCCUGCCUGCGCAACCCAGCGUUCUUCAGAGGAUGAUGUAAUGUAGAAGUGAAAAUUAUCAGGAGCUAAGAGACAAAAAGGAAGAGAAAUAAAACACAAAAGAUUUAAAUGAAACAAACAAAUCUUUUCAGCCUGCUUCU